AUGUUAAUCCUACUUUCUCCUUUCUUAAAAUUCGGGGAACAGGCAGAGUUCCAGAACCUUAUGGUAAAGGAUUACAACAUUGGUGUCAUCAUCCGCGAUGAAAUUAUCCCUAGAGCUGUUUUGUGGUUCAUUGUUAAAGGAGCAGACGAACUCACUGAAAAUGAUUUCAGUGAUUUUGAUGAAGCAGAUGAUGUUGAUGUUGAUGUUGAUGAUGAUGAUGAUGAUGGUGAUGAUGAUGUUGGCGAUGAUGAUGAUGAUGACGAUAAUGAUUAUGAUGAUGAUUUUGAUUAUGGUUUACCCACAGACAUCACAAAGAAGAGUAGAAAAGGAGCUGCCAGAAAAAGAACUGCCAGAAAAUGA